AUGAUCGAAGUCAUGUUCAAGAAGAUAGCUGAUGAGCAGAAUUCUCAAUCAUUUGAGGUAAAAAAAUCGCUAUCAAAAGAUUACUCGACGACAUUAACAGUAUUGAGCAGAUUUGUACAUGACAGACCCGAGUUGAAGAAAUUGGGUACAUCGCCAAACGUGAGUCAUUAG